CACUCUCAGCUUUGAAUCCAGCAGGAAUAAUUCCGGAAAAUAUUGGUGUUUGGCCACGAAUGGACUUGGUGAAACUAUCAAUACAACUGUCAAUCUAGAUGUACAAUGUAAGUUUGGUAGAGAAACUAAGGAAAAGUGUUUCCUAAAAGAAACAUCAUAACAACACUAAUGAAAUACCUUGACUUAACCUGAGUGUCCUUCCGGAUAUGCUAAAAUCUCAUCUAUUUUAGUAACAGAUAGAAAAGCAAUAUGAAGAUCACAUAUUUAUGUAACUCCGGUGAAGAUGUUUAUUUAAAUAAGAUUGGUGUCUUAAAAUAUCAAAAUUAUACCAAGGAAACACAAGCUUUAUACACGGCAGUGUUCUGUUUCCUUGCUUAUUUUUUGUUCAUUAUCCCUUCUCAAAUUACCAAACGUCAAGGAGUCAAGUGUAAAGUCAAAACCAAACAACGUUGGUUAAGGUCGAAAUAAAGAAUUGAUUAUUUUGUGCUGAAUUGUUGAAGAUAUACAUGUUGCGCCUUAGUUAUCAAAUGUACGACUUGUUUUAGAUUUCUCUUUUCACAUUGUUAGACUCACCGAGUAUUACCCUCAAGCCAGAGGAUAAGAUUGUUACGGAGGGGAAAUUGCUAACCUUCCAGUGUGCUGCCGCUGGAAAUCCAUCUCCAAAGAUAACGUGGACUAAAGAUGGAAUAACUAUGGCUGAAGGAGACACACUGAGUUUUAAAACCAAUAGAACUCAAUCUGGAAAGUACUGGUGUUCUGCAGAGAAUGGGGUGAAAGCUGCUGUCAAUGCUAGCGCCAAUCUUGAUGUCCAAUGUAAGUACAAGUAACAUUAUAGCAAUUGUUACUUGUGGUCCAAUACUUGACGUAUUUUUACUAACUGUUUUGUUGUUCACUUUUUUCAUGCUUUGUGUAUUAUAUCUCAGUUCCACCAAGCUUUAAUUCAAGACCAACAAAUCAAACUGUUAUUGAGGGAACAAAUACGACUUUUCAUUGCACUGCCACUGGGAACCCAACUCCAACUAUAACGUGGAUGAAAGAUGGAAAAUCUGUGGCUGAAGGACACACUCUCAGCUUUGAAACUAGUUGGAAUGAUUCUGGAAAAUAUUGGUGUUUGGCCACGAAUGGACUUGGUGAAACUAUCAAUACAACUGUCAAUCUAGAUGUACAAUGUAAGUUUGGUAGAGAAACUAAGAAAAAGUGUUUCCUAAAAGAAACAUUAUAACAACACUAAUGAAAUACCUUGACUUAACUUGACUGUCCUUCCGGAUAUGCUAAAAUCUCAUCUAUUUUAGUAACAGAUAGAAAAGCAAUAUGAAGAUCACAUAUUUAUGUAACUCCGGUGAAGAUGUUUAUUUAAAUAAGAUUGGUGUCUUAAAAUAUCAAAAUUAUACCAAGGAAACACAAGCUUUAUACACGGCAGUGUUCUGUUCCCUUGCUUAUUUUUUGUUCAUUAUCCCUUCUCAAAUUACCAAACGUCAAGGAGUCAAGUGUAAAGUCAAAACCAAACAACGUUGGUUAAGGUCGAAAUAAAGAAUUGAUUAUUUUGUGCUGAAUUGUUGAAGAUAUACAUGUUGCGCCUUAGUUAUCAAAUGUACAACUUGUUUCAGAUUUCUCUUUUCACAUUGUUAGACUCCCCGAGUAUUAUCCUCAAGCCAGAGGACAAGAUUGUUACGGAGGGAAAAUUGCUAACCUUCCAGUGUGCUGCCGCUGGAAAUCCAUCUCCAAAGAUAACGUGGACUAAAGAUGGAAUAACUAUGGCUGAAGGAGACACACUGAGUUUUAAAACCAAUAGAACCCAAUCUGGAAAAUACUGGUGUUCUGCAGAGAAUGGGGUGAAAUCUGCUGUCAAUGCUAGCGCCAACCUCGAUGUCCAAUGUAAGUACAAGUAACAUUAUAGCAAUUGUUACUUGUGGUCCAACACUUGACCUAUUUUUACUAACUGUUUUGUUGUUCACUUUUUUCAUGCUUUGUGUAUUAUAUCUCAGUUCCACCAAGCUUUGAUUCAAGACCAACAAAUCAAACUGUUAUUGAGGGAACGAAUACGACUUUUCAUUGCACUGCCACUGGGAACCCAACACCAAAUAUAACGUGGAUGAAAGAUGGAAAAUCUGUGGCUGAAGGACACACCUUCAGCUUUGAAACUAGUUGGAAUGAUUCUGGAAAAUAUUGGUGUUUGGCCACGAAUGGACUUGGUGAAACUAUCAAUACAACUGUCAAUCUAGAUGUACGAUGUAAGUUUGCUAGAGAAACUAAGAAAAAGUGUUUCCUCAAAGAAAUAUCAUAACAGUACUAAUGACACAUGUAGAAAAAAAAGUACGAUUGGUGCAACCUGUCUUUCUUGAUGUGCAAAGAAAGUCAUCUGUCUUAGUAACAGAUAGAAAAGCAAUAUGCAGAUCGCAUCUUUAUGUAACUCAGGUGAAGAAGUUUAUUCAAGUAAGAUUUAGAGCUUUAUGCAAGCCAGUAUGCUUUUCCUUGAUUAUUUUUUUCAUUAUCCCUUCUUUAAUUAACAAAAAUCAAGGAAUCGAGUAUAACUUCAAAACCAAGCAACGCUGGACAAGGUCAUAACGAUUAGAAAAGAUUGCAAAGAAGUAUUGUUUUAGAUUUCUCUUUUCACAUUUUUAGACCCCCCGAGUAUAAUCCUCAAGCCACCGGACAAGAUUGUUGCUGAAGGAGACAUGCUAACCUUCCAGUGCGCUGCCACUGGGAACCCAACUCCAAAGAUGACGUGGACUAAAGAUGGGAAAACCGUGGCUGAAGGAGACACACUGAGUUUUAGAACAAACAGAACUCAAUCUGGAAAAUACUGGUGUUCGGCAGAGAAUGGAGUGAAGCCUUCUGUAAAUGCUAGCGCUAAUCUUGAUGUCCAGUGUAAUUACUCUACCAUUAUACCAGACAUGAACUACAAAUUGUGUCACAAAACUUUUUUUUUUAAGGUUCAUUAAUGACACCCAUGUAAACGAGCGGAAAUUCUGUCCAUUGCUCAUACUAUUCCUAACCCGUACGGGGCUCGUAAUAAUACUGCGCAUGUCGCAAAAUAUCCGCACGUAUUAUAUGUUAAACUAUCGAAUAAGGUGUAAGUAUCGCAUGGCGUCGAUUCACGUUACGUCAAACAAAUCAGAUCACAUCUAACCAACAUAACAACACGCCACGUUAUAUAACAUCACAUCACUUUCUAUGUCAUCACACCAAAACUCAUAUCGUCAAAUCAAAUGACAACAAUUCACCACUCUGUGCACCAAUCUUGCAACUUAUAAUCUUGUUCUCGAUCUUUUGCUUAUAAAUCUCAUAGCUCCUGCAACUUCUCCGCCGAAACCUUGUAAAGAACAUCUCGAUAUCGCCGUCAUAAUUGACUCGUCGGAUAGAAUAAGUCCUGCAGGUUACGAUUUAGUGCGGCAAUAUUUAAUUCGACUGGCUGAUAGACUUCAGAUCUCUGGAGCAGGAACGCAUAUGGCGAUCCUCCUCUACAGCUGGGAGGCGCACACUUGGCACAGGUCUGUGGAGGCUCUUUGUCAAAGAUAUUUACUCUAUAGUUUGUGGCUAUCUUACUCCUGGAGUAAAGAUACGUGUUGCGAGUGAAAGGGUUCUCUCAUAUUUCCAGAUUUAGUGAUAACCAAACAAUUUCUGCGGUGAAGUCUAAAGUUAACAGCCUCCCGCACAGUCGAGGAGGUUCAAGAACAGAUAGAGCCCUGGAACUAGCAGCGCAAGAUCUUUUUGGCUGGGAAGAUAGUGGCGACAGACCAGAUAAACCAAAUGUAUUGAUUGUGCUUACACAUGGAACUACAUACGAAGGAAACAAGCCUCUCGCUCGGGUAGUUCCUCCUUUAGAUGUGAGUAAAUGUCAUGUUCUAAUUGUUAUCUUGGUUGUGUUAAAUUGCGCUUGUGCAAUUCGAUAAAAAGUCAAGCAAGGGGAAGCACGGGUGACCAGGUCUCCAUUGGCUUUAGUUUUGCAUGUGAUCGGUUGGGAAAAUCGUGCAAGUUUUCAAGAGCAGUCACAGAAAGCAGCAAAGCAAAAGCAAUAUGCAAUUCUAUUUGUAAUAAGCAAACUUGGUUGUAAAAGUUAUCACUGUCGUUUGUAAAAUGUAUAUCUGUAUAACGCAGGAGGCCAAAGUGAGAAGGAUUGCCGUUGGAGCUGGAUAUGGAUUCCGUGAUCACGAACUUGGAAAAAUCGCCAGCAAUUCUAGCUAUGUUCUAAAAGUUUUUGGAGUCAACGAGAUGUCCUCCAAACUAGAGAAUGUGAUAAAUCUGGCUUGCGACGAGCAAGAUAUUGGUAAGUUUGGCAGACGCUGACUUUGAGAAAAGAAAACAUAGAAAAAGUUGUAAUUAAUGCGUUUUAACAAAAAAAAAAAAAACAAGAUAAUGCGGGGCCCAGGGGGUUGAGGGGGUUGAAGGUCCUAGUCUAUUAAGGUGAUCUUUCCUUAUACUUCCAAUCCUACACGUAGCAAUCGUCAAACUCGACUUGGCUGUAAAUGUUCUGUCAUGGAUCAGGACAUAGUGUGAUGAUCUUCAAUCGCCUAGUUUCUCUUCUGCCUCAAAACUUGGCAAGAACACAAAGCGAUAAACUUGAUUUGUUCAUAUCAGUACUGCUCACAACUCGUCAGACAGACCCUUCAAAACUGCUCAUCAGUGGUGUGAUUUCUAAGAUCUCCACGACUAUUCCUUAUAGUUUUAAGAGCUCUAGUCCUGGUAGCUCAUAGACUUAGUUCAUCAUAGGUAAUUGCGGUGAAUGGGGAUCCUACGGAGCCUGUAGUAAGACUUGUGGUGGCGGAGUCCAAGUUCGCACAAGGACUUGUCCGGAAAACAGUCUUAAUUUGAGGAAACAAAAGAAACAUUGCAAUGACGAACUCUGUCCAGGACAAAGUAUGUACCAUUGGUUUAUCGUUUGAAAGUUAUUUAAAGUCAGUCUCUUUCUCUGUUUUCUUAAUACUAACUACUUUGUGUGUGUGUGUUUUUUUUUUUUUACUUUUUUCAUCGCCUACUUUUAAAGAACUGUGCGAGGAUAAGGAGGAAAAUUGUCCAAUUAGGGCUGCCUCAGGAGACUGUUGGAAAACAGCUCAACCGUCGGAUACGUUUUACGUGGGUAAGAGGUUUCCUCUGUGGGACAUCUGCCCUAAGAGCUGUCGACGAUGUCAUGGUGAGCAAAUUGCGUUUAACUGAUACAAAAUGUUUGGAUUUGUAUGGCUGUCUUACUUUCAAAAAUCUACAUUUUUUGUGCUGGCUGGACAAUUAGAAGUAACAGCCAGCGGUACUUUCUGAGAAGAAAUACUUUAUACUACCUUCCGGUUGCACAAAUUGUUUAUGGUUUCUAAAGUCGGAGCGGCCUUACAGGAGAUGAUAAAAUAAAAACUCACAAAAAUCUUCUUAAGACAAUGAACAGAGUUCUGAUACAAAAUUAUCAGCCUAAGUAGAGACUCAUUUAUUUUCUAAGCCUUCCAAGUUUAGGAUAAUGACGCCAAUUAUUUAAUUUUCCAUCCAGAAGAACUUAUAUUUUUCUUUUUCUCGCGUUACUGGCUAUAGCGCUCUUGUUUUCAUUUAGAAAAUUUGCUCUUUUAGGGCGUAAGGUUAAAAUGCGAGGUUGUUCCGAAAAAGGUAAUCAGUUUUUCCCUUUUUCUCUCUAGUGGAUCCAUGUCAAGAUAGCGAUCCUUAUGUUUGUCCUUGGUGGUCACAAGCGAGAGAAAACAAAAGGAAAUGCAGGUUCAUUUUCCCAUUAGGAGGCCGAAUAGCAACACUAAAAGGUUAGUGUAGGUAUUUUUUCUGCCACGCUCAAUCAACUCUUGCUUGAUUUAAGCAAUCCAUGAUCUACUGGUGUCUCCAGGGAGCUGGACUCUCGUGAUUCCUCACCCCAGGAUAUGCCGUGAAAUGAUUCUUUAUCUGUAUCUGUCUAGGGCCGCUCUGCCAAAGACAUCUCUCAACUCACCUUCACGUGAUCUGUCCGCUCAUACGUGUAAUGUCACAGAGAUUCCCUUAUAAUACGCAUCUCCUGACGAUUAUCGACCUUAUGUAGGCUGUAAGCUGCCUGUUAGCCUAAAAUCAGCCUAAUAUUAGCCGAAUGGGCCAGCAUUUUCCAGGAGCUCGGUCAGUAAAUGAGGGCGGUUUACUCCAGUGUAAUUUGACGCCCACCAACCCCGUUACUAGAGCAAUAUUUAUUUUGAGUGGAGUGUCGAAAGUGGCCCGAGAUUGCAUCGGUUUUGCUUUACUUCGCUUUGUGAUUAGUUCAGAAAACUUACGCCACUCUCUUAAUCAAUCAGAUGCAAAACUAGAACCAAGGCAGUUUAGUCGUUUUAACUCUCAUUCCUCAUUAGCUCUUAAAGGUAUCUUCCUUCUCAUCAACCGUCGCAAUUAAAUGUAAUUUAGUUCUGCGUUUUUGACACUCAAUCAAAAGAGCUCUAACGUAAUUCUAAAUACACUCUUAUCCAGAGAUGUGCCAGAGGAGCUGUCGUCAGUGUCCAGCUACAGGAGAUUGCAAGGAUGCAUUUCCCAGAUGCUACUCUUUUGUUCGUUUGAGAGGAUGUCGCCAUCGCCGAGUAAAACGUAGGUAUUUAGAUAAAAAAAAAAGGCGAGUAAAUUUGUGGGCCAUGAUCAUAGAAGAGGAUCCACGACAGGAAAUUAUUACUUGAAUAGGGGGGCAUAAACCGACGGUUAUUAAAAAUUUUCUCAAUCAGUUAAGAUUAAAGCUUACUAGCUCUGGUUGACUCUCUUAGUUGCCGCCUCUCGACGAAGGACCAUAAAGCGUAAAAAUGUUACUUGUGACUUUGAGAACUCAGGAAAGGUUUUGACAGGGAAACAUUGAAACGAAGUUAACAUCACCUUGCAUUAUCUCGGUAGAAAAAUCUCUUACCGAUUACCAAGACGCUGCGGAAAAAAUCUCCGUGUAUCUAUUCAGCUAAAAUCCCUUCAACAAAAUCCCAACAAAGCCAUUAAAAUGCUUGUCGUACGACGAUGAAUUAGCUCCUGCGGUUAGUCGGUCUGCGGUUGACUUGCAGAGCCAGCUAAGACCGAACAGGCUGAUCUUAGAGUGGCAGGCUCUACAGCAAGUAUAGCAGCUAGAGUCUUGUAACUACGACUGCGCGGCUAACUUCACUCGCUGCAUAGCGUCUACGUUUUUCCUUCAGUGGCUAUCGAGCCUUUUUCUACCGCUCGUGAGCUAGAGUUUCAGCUCUGACCUUUAGGUGGUACGAUCAAUGGAGAAGAAUUCCCAGAACUCAAAGUAUGCUCGGGUUAUCUUUUUAAAUGUGGAAAUAGAAAAGAAACCCUAAAUUUUGCCUCUGAAUGUGGUUUAAAAUGCAAGGGUGGUAGAGCUAAAACAGAUUUAUCUCGAUUGAUAAUCGCCCCAAACAAUCUUUAUCCUUCAGAGAACUGCCCUAAGAGCUGCGGUUUGUGUGGUGGUGGUAGUCCUGCUGGGGAUUUUGGCAAUGAUAAUGUUUGGCCAAAUAUUCAUGGAAACCGUCAUCCUGGUAACGUUGUACAUGGUAAAGUGUACCCAUGGGGACGUUGAAACAUUGAUUGAAAUUGAACCACAUGAAACAGCUAGAAAAUAUCAGUUGAUAUUACCUGGGAAACGGUUAUCUGCUGUGAUUUUCAAGGUUCUACUGAUAUCCGUUUGAAAGAUUACUAGAAGCACUAAACGAUGAAAU